AUGAGGCAGACUAACGCAACUUACUACUGGAGAGGCUUUGUCUUCCUGGGCUUCUCUAGCUUUGGGGAGUUGCAACUCCUGCUCUUUGCCAUAUUUCUCUUUCUGUAUCUCAUCACUCUGACCAGCAAUGUCUUCAUUAUCAUAAUCAUUAGACUGGAUGGCCAUCUUCACACUCCCAUGUACCUCUUCCUUUCUUACCUCUCUUUCUCUGAGACCUGCUACACAUUGGGCAUUAUCCCUAGGAUGCUCUCUGGCCUGGUCAUGGGAGACCAAGCUAUUUCCUAUGUGGGCUGUGCUGCCCAGAUGUUCUUCUCUGCCUCAUGGGCCUGUACCAACUGCUUCCUUCUGGCUGUUAUGGGCUUUGACAGGUAUGUGGCCAUCUGUGCUCCACUGCAUUAUGCCAGCCGCAUGCAUCCCACCCUCUGUGGCCAACUGAUAGGCAUCUCCUUCCUGAGUGGAUACCUUUUUGGGCUAGGGAUGACACUGGUCAUUUUUCGUCUCCCAUUCUGCAGCUCCCAUGAGAUCCAGCAUUUUUUUUGUGAUACACCCCCAGUGCUGACCCUGGCCUGUGGGGACACAGGCUUAAGUGAACUGGGGAUCCUCAUCCUUAGUCUGUUAGUUCUCUUGGUCUCCUUCUCUCUCAUCACCAUCUCCUAUGCCUACAUCUUGGCGGCCAUCCUGAGGAUCCCUUCUGCUGAGGGACGGAAGAAAGCCUUCUCCACCUGUGCUUCUCACCUCACAGUGGUCAUUGUUCACUAUGGCUGUGCUUCCUUUAUGUACUUGAGGCCCAAAGCCAGUUACUCUCUGGAGCGAGAUCAGCUUAUUGCUGUCACCUAUACUGUGGUGACACCUCUCCUCAACCCCAUUGUUUAUAGCCUACGCAAUAGGGCUGUGCAGACAGCUCUGAAAAAUGCUUUCCAAGGAAGUUUACUGGGUAAAGGAUGA